AGUUGAAUUGAAGGAUUAAUAAACUCUAGAGUCUAGAGUGGUGUUUCUUUGACCAUGACCGCGUGAAGAACCAAACCCCGUUUUCUGUGACCCCACAAAUAUCUCAUUCCCGUUGUGCGUUUCUAACCGAACUCACCCCUUUCCUCCGAUCACCGGUUAAAUGGUUCCGGCCACCGGUGACCGGCAUCACCAGCACUUUGAUUCCGCCGAGCCCUAACCCUAACCAACCAACCAAGUACUCUUUUCAGAUUCAUGGAUCCUCCUGAUUCUCACUCGCAGUCCCAGGAACAGGAAGCGCCCAAGAAGAACGACGUCGUUUUUCUCAUACUGCGAUGGGUUCUCGCUAUUUUGUUCCCUUUCCUCUUCUUUCUGUCGAUUCCCUUUCUGCUUGGCUUGCUGGUUCUCAUGUUCGCCGAUUUCUCCAUCCCCAACCCCAUUUCUCUCCCCUCACAGUGCAAAAUUGUAUCCACCGGUGUUGAUAUUAGGUCAUCUAAGAUAUGUGAACUUGGAUUGUUAAAUUAUAAAGCAAAGGAUGUGUUUCAUCAUUUUGAAAGAAGCAAAUUUCGCUGCCGCUAUGAUUACUAUUGGGCUUCAGUAUUCAAGGUGGAAUAUAAAGAUCAUUUUUCUGGUCAGACACAAGUUGCAUUUGCUGAGGCCCCCAAUGAGGCCCUUCCUCUUUAUUGCAGGCCUAAUUUUGGUGCUGCAUGGUUUACACAAUAUAAAUUUAAGGUCAAUGAGAGUUAUGAUUGCUGGUACACAUCUGGCAAUUCCAAAGUUCAUUUACAUCAAGAUAAUCUUUUUGGCUGUGAUGCCCACGAGCAGUCUACUCUUGAGAAGAGUAGACAGUAUUCUACCAUGGCCAUGGAGAUGGCAAUUUCCUGGCUUUCGAGUAGAGGAAGGACCAAGCAUUGGAGAUGGGAAACUUUAGCUGGAGUUGUAACUGGGUUCUUAACUUCAUUGAUCUCCAUAACCUUUAUUAGGUUCCUACAACUAUUUCUAUCUUCGCUACAUCAAUCUUUCACAACAUGGAUAUUUUCUUGGCGAGUCAAUGCUGUUCUCAUCAGGCGCGCUUGUUUUCUUUUGGCAUACUUAUCUUUUGUGGCUUGGUUAGUUAUAGAAUAUGGGAAGAGGCUUGGUCUCAUGGAUAUAUUCAGAUUCCCUAAAUCAUAGCACUGGUUUUUGUGAAGAGCAAGGUACUUUUCGUUGAAUCCCCAUGUAAUGUUAUAACUGCAACAGGUGAUAUUCUUGUCCCAUGAUAAAUGGGUGUCGGCACCGUGUAAGGAAAUCAUGUAUAGUUCGAAGAGAGGAAAGGGAGAGGGGGGAUUAAAAACUGCAUAAUAAUUUAAAGUAAAUGGACUCAGUUACUAUUAGAGGGAAACAAUGUUAAACUCUUAGUUAAAAUAGUAAGUUCGGGAGCAGUGGUUUAUAUAGUUGUAUCACAUAUGUCCACUUUAGUAUAUGUUUGAGUGCUGGUGAGUCACCUACGCACUUGAAUUAAAGAUGUUGUAAAAGUCAUUACAGUUGCAUUUGGUUUGUUGGAAUGGUUUUACUGGACAUGAUAAUGAAAUGAAAUUGCCAUUUAUUUUCCAUGUUU